CUGCGCCUGUGCAGUAUGACGACUGGCAGUCUGGGAAGUGGUUAGCCGACUGCAAUAUGCACAUGCUGGUCAACCAGAUCGCCUGUGACGUCACAUUUAGGUUCGACGAAUCAUCGGAGGCAAUUCCCGCCCACAAGUAUGUUCUGAUAAGCCGAAGUUGCGUCUUCUACCACAUCUUCAGUAACGAAGAGAUCACAGACUUCGAGAUACACGAUGUCGAAAUACAAAUAUUCAAGCUAUUUCUAAGAUUCCUCUACACGGACAUGAUCGAUUGUACGUUCGACAACGUGUCCAGCCUGCUGCAUCUCGCCAAGCGGUACCGAGUGAGCAACCUCCGGAAGCGGUGUCUGCGCUUCCUCCAGGCCAACAUAACCCCGGAGACCGUGUGUCCCAUCAUGGAGAGGGCGCACCGCUUUCAGGAGAUCGCACUGCACGAGAGCUGUCUCAAUUUCGUCAAGCGGAACGGAGAGGUCGUGCUCAAGUCCAAGGGCAUCCAGGAGCUGUGUCACGACUGCUUCAACAAGAUCAUCAUGGCAGACGACCUGAACGCCUCGGAGGAGCGAGUUCUUAUGGCCGCGCUCUUCUGGUCCGAGAGCGAAUGCAGACGCGAAGAAAGGGAAAUUACUCCGGCCGAUCAGAGAGAGGUGCUGGGAGAGUCUAUAAAGUAUAUUAGAUUCCCGUUGCUUGAUAGGAGAUUUUUCGUGUUGAACGUCAGUCCCGUUGGAAUUCUUAACGACGUGGAGACUAAUAUAAUCCUCGAGUAUUACAUUUGUCCCGAAAAGGGCGCCGAUCCCUUUUCCUCCCGUCCAAGGAUUGGUCAGGACCCGCCGGAUCCCAACGCUAUAAAACGUAAACCGGUUUUACCGGCUAUACGCGAAGGAUCGUCGUCAUCAAAACGCGGAGAGACUCCAAAGGAGACACCGAAAAAGGAAGAACCGAAACCUCUUAAAGUUCUCCACCGCCAGAGAUACCCAACCAAAGCGGAUCUCCUGAAACAUCCAGUCGCGAAAACCGGACCGAAACCGAAACCGCCCAAACAAAACAAGGACGGGAAGGAAGAAGAGGAGGAGGAGGUUGAGAGAGACACUUUGGUCCUCCGGUUUCCCAGCAGGGAUGAGUUCUAUGGCUGGAAGUGUCCCGGCAACAUGGAUGACGCCAUCGCCUUCAAGUGCAACGAGGUGACAACUCUGACGGGCUUCGUGCUGUUCUCUCCCAUAGACCCGGACUCGGGUCAUUACGUCGUGCGGGCCAUUCUGGUGGACAACAGCGGGAAGGUGGUCCCCACGUCGACGUUCGGCGUGCGAGUGAAUGUAGAUCCGGAAGACGUCUAUUACGAAAUACCGUUCCCGACUCCCGUGACGCUGCAACCGUCGGUUCUGUACACGCUGGUGGUGUCGAUCAAAGGGUCGGCCACGUAUCAGGGGAAGGACGGGUUCCACACGGUACUGGUAGGGGACAGGGUUUUCACUUUUCACGACACGCUAGCCAGCAGAAACGGUACGAACAGGAUAGGAGGCCAAAUUCCAGGUUUGCUAGUAAGAUUGUGAAGGGAUUGUGAAAGACGUAUGUAUCGAAGACAUGACUGAUAAUGGAGAGAUGUGAUUGUGUGGUGAAGGGAAGGGGGGGGGGGGGUGUCAAGGACGGAUCAAAGUGAGCGGACCAGGAGGACACGUCCCCCUAAAACCAAAUUACCCCCUUUUUCAACACUUUGUUUACAAAUUGUACUGACGUACCCUGAGAUUUCAGGAAGUUGUUCCAUGUACCUUUGUGACCUGGGUCCCCUCUUAAAAUAUUUCCUGGGUCCGCCCUUGUGGGACCAGCUUUUUUUCCCCUUGCUUUUUGUUUUCAGCGCUUGAAUUCAUUCGUGGAUACAACCGACUUUAUCCUAGAUGCACGGAAAACUUACUAGAAUCCACUGGCGGAUCUAGUCGGAGUCUCGGGAGGUCCGUGUCCCCUUCCCCUCCCCGUUUGAAGUGCCCUGUUUCUAAUGACUUAAAAUUGACAAUCAUACUCAAUACACAACAUUAAAUUCCACCAAACACGCGUCUCAUAAUGUUCAGAGGAACAUGCCAGUGGCGGAUCCAGAAAAUCAAAUUUAUGGGGGGGGGGGGGAGUAUGAGGUGGAAUGCUAAGGGAAGUUUGAAGGGGGAUCGUAAAAAAAAUUAAAUUAAUAUAUAAUAAAAUUAUAACUAUCGCAAAGUUUAGGGAGCGGGCCCCGCCACCCCCCACCCCCAGAUCCGCCUCUACAUGCCAUCAAACCCACCUACAGAUUUCACUCCUUUUGCUAGCUCGAGUAACAUCUAGCCCUCCCGUUUGUUUAUAUGUUGUAGGGGAGAGCUGGAGAUGACUGUGUAAUAAUUCGGCAAUCGUCGACGACCAAAUUUUAGCCAGCUACUGUGUCUAAAAUAUAUUUUUCCCCCACCCUAACUCUCAUACCACAGACCUCUAGUUUGAUCAUUCUCCGGAGUCCAGUCAAGUCAUUAAACUUACAUGUUGUUCACGAGUACCUACGUCUCACGAAGAAACCCCCGAGUUACAAGCUUUCUCCUAUGUCACGAAAACAGUUUGGCUUCGACUGGCAUAGGGAGCGUCGGGUUUCUUCGUGUGGCGUGAAAAACAAUAUGGUAAAAGGUAUUCAGGCCAGCUCAUUUUGCGUGAAUUUCUCUGUUGGUUUUGUCCGAGUUUGAGGAUUUUCUCCAGGACUGGAGGGAAUGGGGGGUGGGGGUGGGUUGCCCCCUGCCUCGUACGCUUAUGGCCCGCCCCUACAAAAUCCUGCAUCCGCGUCUGGAAUCGUCAUUCUUCAAGAUAAAACAAACUCGAAAAAAAAAAAAAACCCAUAAACAAAAUAUUUUGAUGACAACAUAAAAAAUCACAAAACAACUUACAUUUGGUUUAGGUGGCUUUUCGUGAAUGUCAGUAAAUUUGUGCGCGUUUGUGAACACUUGCGCUCGUCGGUGUGUGAGGAAUGGUUUUAUAUAUAUGGAAAAUCAUGCACGAAAUGAUAUAGGAUGAAUAUUUGUAAGGUUUAAUCUGAAUGUAUAUUUAUACAAUGCGACAGGUUUUUUGUUUGUAUUAUUCAAAGUUGGCAUAUUUGUUUACCACAUAUUUUGUCGCAAGUACACUUGUACACAUUAAUCGAUCUUAAAUGCAAUCUUUGAAUAAUUCACUGUUGGAAUAUCAAUAUUGUAAUGCGUUGCCACUAUGUAUAUAGUAAGCUUACAUAUAAAAUAUUCAUUGGACAUCCAUUAAAAUAGCAGUCAGUUCUUGGUUACUAUGGUGAUGCAAGUCAAACUGUGGCAUCGCACAUUAACCUGUUGGUCUCUCUUACUGGCCUACCGGCCUCGGUGGCGUCGUGGUAGGCCAUCGGUCUACAGGCUG